AUGAGGCGGAACUGGGAGGCACUGGGAGGCCGUGGGUGGGAAGUGAACCGGAUCGUGGGGGGCAGCAGCUGCCAGAAGAAGCGUCACCCCUACCAGGUGGUCCUGCUGGGCCCCCAGAAGAACAUCCACUGUGGGGGGGUCCUCAUCGACAAGUCCUGGGUGCUGACGGCCGCCCACUGCGACACCAAGAGCUCCAUCCCCGUCCGCGUGGGUGACCACAGCCUGAAGACGAAGGAGGGGACGGAGCAGUGCAUCAACUCGGCCGCGGCCUUCAUCCACCCCAACUACAACCCCACCAGCCAUGACAGUGACAUCAUGCUCCUGAAGCUCCAGAAGCCCGUCCGCUUCACGGAACACGUGGCCCCCGUCGCCCUCCCCAAGAGCUGUCCCCUCCCCAACACCGAGUGCGUCGUCUCGGGUUGGGGCAGCACCAGCAGCCCCGAAG